AUGCCAGCCUUUCUGAAUYGAAAGAACUACUGCGCUCACUGUCAGAAGGGCUAUGAUCACGAACAAGACCAUAAUUGCAAAUCAAAAUGCAACCUUUGCUUUAAAGGACCGUGCGAAGUCAKCAAUUGGAUGUAUUGUAAUGAGUGUAACCGAUACUUCAAAAAUCAAUAUUGUUUCUCAAAUCACAAACAUUUAAAUCAGUAUGGAAGCUCUCUGYGUUUGCGUUACUUGAGGUGUCACGAUUGUAACAAGAUCAUUAAACGGARAAAUCAAGCGCCGGAASCACAUCACUGUGRCCAAGUAAAAUGUAACACGUGCAAAGAGUUUGCUGAGGAAGAUCACGUAUGUUUUAUGCAACCUUGCGAUGAAGAAGGUGAGAGUACUGAUAGUACAAGCAAUCCUAAUCGUGAAGAACCCGCAAAGUUYCUAUUUUAUGAUUAUGAAACCAUUCAGGAAACAGGCACUCAUGUUCCUAAUCUUAUAAUUGUUCAAGACCAGGAUGGUGUCGAAAUGGUGUUUAAAGGCAGCAAUGCUAAUAAUGACUUCUGCGARUGGCUGUUUUCCGGUGAUAAUAAAAACACUACCUGUUUCGCUCAUAAUGUACAAGCUUUUGAUAAUUAUUUUGUAUUGUCAUACCUUAAUCGUCAAGCCAUAUGUCCCUCUGUUAUAAUGAAUGGUGCAAAAAUUCUUUCGAUGGAAAUCAAAGAACAAAACAUCAAGUUUCUCGACAGCCUAGCCUUCCUUCCCAUGAGGCUUUCUGCUCUUCCAAAGAYGUUUGGACUUACUGAACUGAGGAAAGGUUAUUUUCCGCAUCACUUUAAUAUAAGAGGAAAUCAAUCGUACGUAGGUCCUUUACCACACCCGUCUUUUUAUGAUCCCGAUGGUAUGCGCCCUGAAGACCGUGAGCAAUUUUUAAUCUGGCAUAAUGACCUUGCAACCAAUGAUUAUGUGUUUGAUAUGCAGAAAGAAAUUGAAGAAUAUUGCCGUUCAGAUGUUGACAUCCUUCGCAGAUCGUGUCUGGAGUUCCGUCGUUUGUUCAUAGAAACAACAGACGUGGAUCCCUUUGAAACCUGUAUUACUAUUGCCUCAGCCUGUAACUUGGUGUUUAGGAAGAAUUUCCUACUUCCUGAAACUAUUGCCAUCAUUCCAACACAUGGUUACGUUCCGCAAGACAAGCAGUCUGUUAUAGCAUUAAAAUGGUUGACGUACCUUGCAGAAACAGAGGAUAUUUACAUACAACAUGCUGGGAAUUUGGGCGAAGUUCGAAUUGGUCCUUAUCGAGUGGAUGGGUUUCACAGCGAAACCAACACUGUGUACUCUUUCUUGGGUGAUUUUUGGCACGGUCAUAGUAAAUGCUACGAUAGAAAAACACGAAAUCCAAUAACGGGUAACACCAUGGGGGAGCUUUACGAAAAGACGAUGCAGCGCCGUGACUUCCUUCGAGGACAAGGAUAUACUGUCAUAGAGAAGUGGGAGUGUGAACUAAAGAAAGAGUUGGCUGAGAACCAGGAGAUGAAAAAUUACUUUGAUAAUUUACCAUUACGAGAACCUUUGGAACCGAGAGAAGCUUUGUUUGGUGGUCGUACUAGUGCAAUAAAAUUAUUUCACAAAGUACAAGAGGGAGAAAAGAUCAAGUACGUCGAUUUUACAAGUUUGUAUCCCUGGACCAAUAAGUAUUGCGAUUACCCUCUUGGACACCCAGAGAUUAUAUCCGAGAACUUUGAACCCCUGGAUCAGUACUUUGGUCUUAUUAAGUGUACAGUCCUACCUCCACGGCGUCUUUUUCAUCCAGUAUUACCAUACAGAACUAACAACAAGUUACUGUUCCCUCUAUGUCGAUCCUGUGCCGAUGACUUACAGCAAGAACCCUGCCAGCAUAAUGAAAAUGAAAGAGCCAUAAAAGGGACAUGGGUAUCCGUGGAGUUGAUGAAAGCGCUGGAGAAAGGAUAUCGAGUACUUCGUGUGGACCAAGUGUGGCAUUUCCCCGAAAAAUCWGAUGAACUCUUCAGAUUAUACAUCGACAAGUUUUUAAAAAUCAAGCAAGRAAGUAGCGGCUUCCCUAGUUGGUGUGUGAAUGAGGACGACAAGCAGCGAUACAUCGAAGAGUAUCGUGAUAAUGAAGGUAUCAAACUUGAUCGCGACAAGAUCGUCAAAAACYCUGGGUUGAGAGCUCUGGCAAAGCUUAUGUUAAACAGGUAUUAA